AUGCCUUUUGUGGACAAAGAUGCCCCCAUAGUUCGGUGUUUUGGAGCUGGGAGACAGCGCUGCGGCGAAAUUCGUCUGUUUGCUUUGUUUACUGAUCAGCUCCUGUUGAACACCACAGCUGGGGUGCCAGAGGAGACAUUGAAUGUAGCUGGUGCAGAUGUGUCUCGUCAAGGAGCAGUUGUAACUUUGCAGUGGGACUCAGUUGAUUCUGCCGUUGAUUCUGCACUGACUCUUUCCUUCGAAGAUGUUGAAGAAGCAGAAUUUUGGUCCGAAGCUUUGAGCUUUGCAGCUGGCGAUGAGGGCCCUCAGGAAAAAGUGCACGAACUGGAGCAAAGGGUUGCUGCAGCACUGAGGGCUGCCUAUGAGCGUUCAGCCAGGAUCAAGGAGCUUGAAGACACCGUUGAGGCAGGACGAGAGAGGGAGACUCGUAUCCAACAACUAGAAGAGGUCCUUCAUGACACCCUGGAAGAGGCUGAAGCCAGGGCUGAAAAGAUUGAAGCCUUGGAGUGGAAGUUGGAGUCUGGAAGAACUUCAGACCCUGCUGCAACGGCUCUGUUGCAGGAUGCCAUGGAUUUCGCGGAUCAGCUGUUAGAACAACACUCGGAUUUGUGGACAGAGGAUGAUAGUGCUGCACAGCUGCGUAAAGCUGUGCAGGCUGUGCAACAAGCAAAGCCAGAGAUUGAUUCUGAUGUUGCUGAACUCAUCAGGCAGUUGGUGACAGCCCUGCUUUGGCCUGUCGUCUUGCGAGAAUGCUUGACCGAUGCUGAAGCCACAAUCAAAGAGCAGGAAGAGAUCCAGGAGCAGGCAACAAGAGAAAUCAUUGACCUUCAAAAGCAAUGUGACACACUUGCAGCAGAGUCAGAGGAGCACAAGGCCGCAUUAGAGGCGGCCAGAGAACAGAAGACUCUGACAGAGGCUGCGCAUGAGGAUGAAAUGCAAAAGCUGAAAGAACGUGAAGAAGAAGCAGAACGCAAGCGGCAGGAAGCUGAGGAGAAAGCAAAAGAGCUUAGAGGGAUUCUUGACUACGCUGACAAGGCUGCUGAAGAAGCGAUCCAAAGGAAGCGUGAAGAGCUGGAAAAGGCUCAUGGUGAAGAGUUUAAGAAACUGAAGCAACUGACAGAUGUGGCAGACGCACAGGAUGAGCUGGCCGAGAGGCUGCGAAGCCUGGGCGAAGGAAGUGCAGAUGCAGCACAUUGGAAGGCUGCGGCUGACCGUGCGCUGGAGCAAUUCGCAGACUCUGUUCCGUCUGACCGGACAGAAUUCAAAGACUUUAGUGGAAAGGACAAAGAGUUGGAGCAACGUCUCGAGGAUGCAGAGAGAGCUCUCAAGAAAAUGGAGGGAGGAUCUGAACAGGUCUGGGAAGAAAAAAAGUGGCAAAAAGGGCCAAAGAAGUUAAGUUGA